AUGCAUAAACCUAUAAUUUAUGUUACGAGAAAUAUUUAUCCUAAAAGUAUUAGGAAUAUUCUUAUAAGAAAUUCUACUGCAGGAAUUAACUCAAUAUCAGGAUCUAAUAAAGAUUCUGAUCAUGUUAAUAAUAAAAUUGGUGACUAUUCAUCUUUUAUGAAAAAAUCAAAUCUUAGUAAUUUACAAUCAAAAACAUUACAUACUACGAGUACAAAUUCACAUAAAAUUAUUAGACCAACGGAUUUUCAAAAAGUAUUAUUUUUAUUAACAGGAAUGUAUAAAAAUAGAAGUGAAAUUCCAGAGUUUGUCUCUGGACAAGCAAUUGAUGAAUUAAAUUAUGAAUCCCGUCAAUUACUUGGUAUUACUCUUUGCCUUGCUAUUGUAACAUUUCUAUAUACAAUGGAAUUUGAUAUGGCAAAUGGAUCACAAAAUAAUAAAACAAGCCUAUAUCAUUUAAGUAAAAUUAUUUAA